UUAAAAAGGGCAGGAAGUUGACAUUACUCAUCGCUGAUUUUCAAUACUACAACACACAACUGCUUGAAAAUGUCCCUCACGUCGUCUGAAAAAACACAAAGCGAAAAUCAGCCACAUGGAGGUGGAAUUGCUCCAAUGCCACAGCUUAUUCAAUUUGGAAAAGCUUCUGAAAAUAGCGGGAACAACAACGCACAGGGUUCAAACACGAGACUCAAAGGUGUUGAAAUUUCUGUUCCAAUAGUGUUUGGAACAAUCUCAUUUUGGCUCGGUAGAAAGGCCACCCAGUCCCAGUCACAUAAAUGGACAGUCUAUGUACGUGGUGCAACCAAUGAGGAUCUUGGUGUUGUGGUUAAGCGUGUUGUGUUUCAGUUGCAUCCCAGUUUUCAUAAUCCUCUGAGAGUGGUUGAAUCUCCCCCCUUUGAGUUGUCAGAAUGUGGUUGGGGUGAAUUUGAAAUUGCGAUCUCCCUUUUUUUCCACAACGAUGCCUGCGAUAAGAAGUUGGAUUUGUAUCACCAUUUGAAAUUGUACCCUGAAGGCGGACUUGGUCCUCAGUCGAUCAAGAAACCUGUUGUCGUGGAAUCUUAUGAUGAAAUUGUUUUUUCUGAUCCUUCAGAGGGAUUUCUUGCUCGUGUACGGAAUCAUCCAGCUGUGGCUGUGCCACGGCUUCCUGCUACUUUGGACUUGCCUCCUGUACCAAUUGAAGACAUGAAUCAGGAAAAGAGAGGCGAUACCAAAAAUCAUCCUCUUAUUCCAUUGUUCACGAAAUUUUCAGAGGUGGAUGAGCUAUGGAAACUCUCAGCAGCCCGUAAGCAGGUUUUGAAGGCAAGAGUAACAUGGCUUCACAUGCUAAUCAAAUGCAGGCUUUCGAGUGCCCUUGCUGGUUUACGGAAAAUGCUAUAGCUCUCUCUCCUUGAAAUACUACUCUGUUUCUUCCAAAAUGGUUUGAAAUGGCAAAGAUGAUUCUUCUUGCUUAAGAGACGGCUCAAGUUGUCGAUGGAGUUUUCAGAAGUACAGAGGGAGUACCCUUUUGAAAAUGGCUUUCUUGGACCUCAGAACAUGGGAUAGGUAGUGUUACUGCUCAUUUUUUUUUGGUAGGAACAUGUCUGCUUCCUCUAGGCCUCAGAACAUGGGAAACAGAGGUGUCAUUAGAGCAGAGACCAGAGAUAGCCAAUGUUGUUGGUUCUCAUUUUAGUAGGAAUGCGUCUGCUCAUGUCUCUUAUAUUCCUAUUUCCUACUAUGCUGGUUUUAGGCUCUAUCAAGACCACAUGGGAAGUCCUUUGAUGUUGAGACACUCUUAGUUAACAAGUGAAAGACUAGCAUAAAAA